AAGGAGAGAGAAAAUACCCACCCCUCCUGCGGAGAGAGAGAGAAGCAGCUCUCCCGGGAAGAAAGAUGACCUAACUACACCACUCUUACACUCUGUUCCAGAUUUUUUAUUCCUUCUUUCGAGAAAGUUUUGGUUGAUUUCAUCUUAAGGAAGUAACGAUCGAAUUGAGGAGAUAAGAGGAAGGUGAAGAGGAAAAAUAGGGAAUUGAAAUGUCAGAGCUAGACAAGCAGAUAGAGCAGCUGAAACGCUGCGAACCAUUGAGCGAAUCGGAGGUGAAGUCUCUUUGCCUCAAAGCCAUGGAGAUCCUCGUUGAAGAGAGUAACGUUCAAAGAGUCGACGCUCCCGUCACCCUAUGUGGGGACAUACAUGGGCAGUUCUAUGACAUGAUGGAGCUUUUCAAAGUUGGGGGUGAUUGCCCUAAGACCAACUACUUGUUUCUUGGUGAUUUUGUUGAUCGUGGUUACUACUCUGUUGAGACCUUUCUACUUCUACUCGCCCUCAAGGUUAGGUAUCCAGACCGUAUAACUCUCAUCAGAGGAAACCACGAGAGCAGGCAAAUCACACAGGUUUAUGGAUUUUAUGAUGAGUGUUUGCGUAAAUAUGGCUCUGUUAAUGUCUGGAGAUACUGCACCGACAUUUUUGACUACAUGAGUCUUUCAGCUGUUGUUGAAAACAAGAUAUUCUGUGUUCAUGGCGGUCUCUCUCCAGCUAUUAUUACUCUUGAUCAGAUCAGGACAAUUGACCGGAAGCAAGAAGUGCCACAUGAUGGUGCCAUGUGUGACCUCCUAUGGUCUGAUCCUGAAGAUAUUGUUGAUGGCUGGGGAUUGAGUCCACGUGGUGCUGGAUUCCUUUUUGGCGGCAGUGUUGUCUCCUCGUUUAACCACACAAACAACAUUGACUACAUAGCUCGAGCCCAUCAGCUUGUUAUGGAGGGUUACAAAUGGAUGUUCGAUAGCCAGAUUGUGACUGUCUGGUCAGCCCCAAAUUACUGUUACAGGUGCGGUAAUGUGGCUUCGAUUCUAGAGCUUGACGAGAAUCUAAACAAAGAGUUCCGUGUGUUCGAGGCAGCGCAGCAGGACUCGAGAGGGCCUCCCGCUAAAAAACCUGCCCCUGAUUACUUCCUAUAAGGGGCAGAACUUUGACAACCCUACUACUUCCGAAGUAGAACUGAGGAAGAGAAUCACAGCUCGUUCAAGAGUCUGUGUCACAGUGCAGACAGAAGAAGUCUAUGCGAUACACAGGCGAGAUCUAUUUAAGUCACACUGGGGUUGUUUGAAAAAAAGUUACUGUUGUUUCCGGAUUUUACUUGUAAUGGUAGUUAAAGAGUAUUGUGUGUGAUGGUAGUUAAAAAUGAGUGUGUUUAUGUCAUAAUUUCAAGUUUUGUAAUUUCAUAAGAAAAGACCUCAAAAACAUUUUUGAAGCCCAACAGUCAUUUCAAUAGAGAGUUUCACAUGACCCGUUUGGGACCA